UCACUCUAUUUUAGGUCCAACGUACGAGAAACCUCGGUACCACUUCUCUCUUUCUAUACGUGUCUCUCCAAUUACUCAAAUUCUAACAUUCCUAAACCCUAAACCCUAAUCUUAGAAGUAAAUCCGAACGGCCAUGGCACAUCACGCCGGAGACAACGACGGCGACGGCCAGAAACGGCGGCUCUAUAACCCAUACCAAGAUCUCCAAGUCCCUAUACAAAACCUUUACAAACUCCCCACCUCCCCUGAAUUCCUCUUCCAAGAAGAAUCUCUCGCACAACGCCGAUCAUGGGGAGAAAACCUAACGUACUUCACCGGCAUCGGUUACCUCUCCGGUUCUGUCCUCGGCGCCGGUAAGGGAUUCAUCGAAGGCGUAAAAGCUUCCGAGCCAGGGGAUACCUUAAAGCUCCGGGUUAACAGGAUCUUAAACGGGUCAGGUCAUACGGGAAGGAAAUUCGGGAACCGGGUCGGAAUAAUUGGGCUGAUUUAUGCGGGUAUGGAGAGUGGAAUGGUGGCGAUUAGGGAUACGGAUGAUGUGAUCAAUAGCGUGGUGGCGGGUUUAGGGACUGGAGCUUUUUAUAGGGCAGCGGCGGGGCUGAGAUCGGCGGCUGUUGCUGGGGUUAUUGGUGGUUCUGUUGUUGGCCUCAGUGUUGCAGCGAAACAGGCCGUGAAACGAUACGUACCCAUCUGAGCUUUUGUUGGUAGAUUUCUGUUGUUACUGAAAUUUUAGAUGAUACGUUGCGAAAUUGUUUUCAAGCUGAGCAGUAAUGUAAUUAUUUCAUGAAAAGUUGCAUGCUUUCUGGAUGUAUUUACAUGUUUUUUUAAUAGAUAUUCUGAAGUUAGGUAUGAAAGACACUUGUAUUGUAUGAUUAGUUAGCUACUGCAUGCCAUCAAAAGUGCACCUUGAAUAGAAAUCACUUAAUGUUUUUCGCCUCUA